AUUCUAGUGCGUUUUUUUCGAAAUAAAACGUUUUAUACACAGCGUUGCUCGUUUCUUUCUUCCGCGAGUGUGGCGAAUGUCUUUGGCGUGAAAUUUUGCGCGGAAGAUCAUCUCGAGAAUUCCCUCGGAACUUUGUCCCCUUUGCCGAAAAACGAAGAUCCAAGAUGUGCAACAGGUUCAAAUACUCGCGUCGUGCUUCUCUGGAUUUCCCUGCGAAAGGCGACGAACGUGUUGCUAAACGCGAUCGCAGCCCGCGUCUUGUACUUCGCGAGGGCGUGAAAUUUCAUUCAUAGUUGGUUGUGCGUGCACGGUUCAUGGAAAUUGGAUAGUUUGAACGCGUAAGAUGAGAAUAGAAGGCGGAAGAGGCAGAUCGAAGAGGAAAUUUACCGGCAAAGCUGAAAGAAGCGGUUCGACCGAACCGAUCGAAAUCCGCACGUGCUUCUGUUCUUCCGGAGUCGCAUAAAUGAUUCGCAUCAAUGAACUCAGAACCGUCGGCGUCUACUUCUUACGAAGAUGGAGUACUGGAUGGCGAGCAACGAGACCGGUCACAAUGGCACAGAGGAGACAAUUCAGGAGGUCCUCAGGGAUCCAGGAUCGGCGGUCCUCUUCGUCGGAUAUCCGCCAUGGCUUUUGCACUUCGCCGCUGGAUGUUGCAUACUCUUCAUGGUCAUCGGCAUCCCGGGAAAUCUAUUCACCAUCGUUGCUCUUUUCCGCACCAAAAAGUUAAGAAACGCCACCGCGAUUUUCAUAAUGAACCUCUCACUUUCGGAUUUGAUGUUCUGUUGCUUCAACCUUCCUCUUGCUACGUCAACCUUCUGGCAUAGUUCCUGGCAACACGGUCCACUUCUAUGUCAACUGUUUCCUUUGUUAAGAUACGGUUUGGUAGCAGUAAGCCUGUUCUCCAUACUAGCGAUCACGAUCAAUCGUUACGUUAUGAUAGGCCAUCCUAGAUUUUAUCCUAGGAUAUACACAUCGAAAUACAUAACACCGAUGAUUUUAAGUACGUGGAUGAUCGCAUUCGGUGCCCUGGUCGUUACGUGGUUUGGAAACUGGGGUCGCUUUGGACUGGACGUCGCCAUUGGUUCUUGUUCGAUCCUGCCAGACGUAAAUGGUCGAAGUCCAAAGGAGUUCCUCUUUGUUGUUGCCUUCUUGAUUCCUUGUAUCGCGAUCGUCGUUUGCUACGCGAGGAUCUUCUACAUCGUUCGGAAAACCGCUUGCAAAAGUAGAAAUCGGAACGUAAAUGCUAGCACGGACGCUAUUGAAAACAGCCACGAGAGACGAUCCAUAUCACCGAGGAUCCAAGAGGAAGAACUGUCGGUGGUGGGUUCGAGCUGCGCGGCGAGCGUGCUUUGCGCCAACUUCUCCUCCAAAUGCACCGUAACUUCGCCAAACCGGCUCAACUGCUCCAGUACGCCUUCGAGAUCGGCGAUCGAAGAAUCCUUGUCCGAGCAACUUUCGUGGGAACAGAAUUCGGCCGGGUCCGAGGAAGAGGACGACGACGACGAGGACGACGACGAGGAAGGCGAGAACGAAGAGGAGAGGACGCAGCAAAGGAGGAGACAGAAACAAAAAUGGAAGAGGAAGCAGAAAGCGACGAGCCAAAAACUCGUCGACGACUGUGAUAGAGCGAAGUCUAGCUUCGAAAUAAAGAUAGACGAUAUACCGUACGUGGACGAUCUGGACGCGGCUGAGACUGUUCUCGCGAAUGACCGAAUUAAGAUCAAAGAAUCCGCCGAGAAAGCUUCCGCGAACGCUCGAAAUAAAUUGCAGAGAAUGGCUAGCAGAGCUUCGUUCGUCAUCGAGUCGGCUCUUUGGGUACAGAGAUUCAACUCUAAAGCGUCUAUGGACGGCGACCGGUUGGACAGCUCCAGAUCGAACACACCGGAUCGAUCGGCUAAUAGCAGGAGGAGACCGACGAUCAUUCGCAGAGAGUCGAGAUUUAGAAGCGUUCGAAAAUUUCGCAAUUCCGAUGGCCCACCGAGGAUGAGUAACAAAGACAAGAAACUGCUGAAGAUGAUUCUAGUGAUAUUUUCGUCGUUUCUCGUUUGCUACUUGCCGAUCACGGUUACUAAGACUUUCAAGGAUGCGAUCGAUUGGAGAGGCUUGAAUAUCGCUAGUUACAUUUUGAUCUACUUGACUACGUGUAUCAAUCCUGUGGUUUACGUGGUGAUGAGCUCCGAGUAUAGAAGCGCGUACAAAAAUCUGUUGCUCUGUAGAAACGAUUCCGGGGUGAAAAGCGGAACCAGGAGGUCACCAGGAUGAAGAAGAGGGUUCGCCAGUUUGCUCGUGGGCGUGUACAAGCUGGAUUUUAUAGCUCGCUUCAGCGAUGAACUUGCAUCGUGGAUUGGCCGCGGAUGUUUCUGCAUUUGAAUUAAGUGAAAUACGAAGAUAUAGAGAUAAACGUGCGCAGAAAUAUAGGGAGCAAAAUGUGCUUUAACGAUGCGCUAUUUGCUGUUUAGCUACUUGUAAUUAUGACAUUUUUAUAGUAUGCACGUACGAGCAGCUAAUGGAUUAUGUUGGCCAAUUAACGUUAAUUUAUAACGCGACGUGCAGGAAAUUUCUUUCGGUUAAAUUUAUAAUCGUCGUUUUCGCUGUUAUUGCUAAGAUUUUAAAAAAAGAGCGAAUUAAGAGGAGUUUAUGUGACUUCGAGAAACGUGUUCGAUGAUAAAAAGAAUAUUCCCCUGAAAUCGUAUUGUUGAUCGCUUCGUAGUUAUCGAUACUUCUUGCACGAAGAUACGUCUUUUUAUAGCUUAAUUACGAUUCGAUCUGGCAAUUAGAAUUUCAUGGUUCGAAUCGAUGUCGAAGAAAAAGGUGAAUUUCAUUCGUGAAAAAAUGGUAAAUCGAUUCAUGUCCAUUUGCCAUAAAAAUAUACGCAUCGCGUAAAUAUCCGCGCUCUCACUAUGGAAAUGUAAACUGAAAUAGACGAAUGUUUACGCGUUGUACAAUUUAGUACGCUUGUUACAAACGUUGCGUAAAUAUCGAUCAUGUCGAUCGAAGAUUAAAGCAGCGUUUCACUCAUCGAGACAUUUUUCAAACAAGAUGAAAAACUGUCUCCUUUACCGAGCGACUAUUUUUACUAAAAAGAUAUUAAGAAAAUUGUUUGUAAUUGUAGUGGAAUUUCACUAGCGGAAAAUGUAUGUCAAUCGAUCGGUAGAAUUAAUGAGACGAUAACAAAUCAUCGAUGAGAUUUCAAUCUUUAAGCGUAUUAGAAUUAGAUAUUAUGCUCAAUAACUAUGUUUUAUAAGACAAUACACGAUGACUUGGUGUCGUUUCCUCGUAUUAUAAUUUAAACUUCACAAUUCUAUAAUCUACAAAGUGUGGCAAGUACCAGAACGUUUGUUGCGACGAUAAUCAUAUUUAUUUCUGAAUCGUCAAUUUUAUUUUUUAUAGUGAAACGAAUAUCGUUACCAAAAGCAAAAGCGUAUUUGUCGAAGGCGUGACGAAUUAGUUCCGAAGAUUUCGAUGGAAUCUUUCGGAUCGUUUACCGAACGAUAUUUAAUGAAUAACAAAUAUCCGAAGAUAUCACGUUAGAAAAUACUAUUUAUUUAUUCUUACGGUUCGAUCUAUGCUUCGAUUACAUUUCAAAGUAACGUAACAUUCAGAACUAAGCGAGAAGUUCAAAGGAAACACGGUACAAGUGCCGAGAUCUUCGAUUUGAGAAAAUCGUGAAUAAAAUUAAUCUCCAACCGAGAAGAUCUCUGUGUGUCUCUAAACAUCGAAACGCAAAGAUUUGAGGAUUAUUUACGCUAUAUCCUGCCUGCCGUUUGCAGAAAAUGAUAAGCCGAUGAUAAGAGAAACGCACAAGUUUAACAACGAUACAUUUGUAUAUCACGUUCAAUAUCGCAAUGUAUCGAAAUUUCGUUCGUGUUAUAGACUGCGAGAGAUCGUUAAAAUAAUCUUUAAGAAUUAACACAUUAAGAGCUUAGGAAAUUGAAUUAAAUGUAAUCACGAAUACGGUGAAACACCGCAGGAAAGUUAUUGCUAAAAGAAAAUUGACUUCUAGUUUAACGAUUUAAUAAUUAUUAAUUUUUAUAAAAAAAAAAGGAAAUGAACGUGCUGAUCUAUUCGCAUAAAUUACACGUUUAAAGCGUUUGCGACUUGUACAUACACAAUAUACAGGACUGCUAUAGAAAGUCAUACAAGUAGACUAUAAUAUUGUCCACUAGAAAUGUUUUUAAUAUUUAUGUGCAAUGUAGAAAAAUAUAUAAGAGUGAUACGUUACAUUAAAUGUAUGUUAUAUCGUAUAUUAAUUGUAAUACUAUCAGAAUAUAAGUAAGUACAUGAUACGUAUAAGAAUUUUUAUAAAGAAUCGUUUGUUGUUGGCUGCAAUUUCGUCAGAAUUUUUUACCUCGUAAAAAUACACGAAAAAAAGUACGUACGUAGGUAGUCGGAGAAACGUGUUUUAACAGAAACUUACGUUAAGCUUUUCGAAUUAAACGUAAUUGAAUAAAAUAGCUAUAUUUACGCUCGUUCUAAAGACAUUAACGUAUAAGAGCUGAGACUAAAAAUCGAGUCUCUUACGUUCGAUCGAAAUAUAUAACAUUUCCAGUCGACAAUGGUUACCGUUUGUCUCUAUACGAUGUAACAAAGUCAUUUGUAAAUCUAUUUAUCUCGUGAUCUAUAACUUAAUCUAAUACUCUGUGCAACAGAUUGAGCAAUUUUGAAGUACGCGUUGUAAAUUGCGACUGGACAAAUGCGUUUCGUUGGUUUCGCCUUAUUCGAUCACAACUGCACUUAUCAGAAUUAGUGGCAAAAUGUAACUAUCAACGCACUCGUACGGAAUUGUCUGGCAAUACUUUAACAUUAUUGUACGCUGUCGUCACAAGAUUUAUAACUAAGAGAGGGAAAAGAAUGAUAUUAAAUAUAUAUCAUACGUAAAGACAAAA